UGACAACAUGGCAGCCAUGUAAACAGUGGCUCCUGUUGCUGCUGUUUUACCGUUAUUUGUGGCCUAACAUGACUUCCGUUGACCCUCACAAUGGCAAGAACUUCUGGAGGAAGAACAGCAAGUCCGUCCCUGGAAGGUAGAUGGAGGGAAGGAAGCAUGCGAGCCGUGUAUGGUGCCAUGCAUCCUCCCAUAACUCGCUCUCCCAGGUCGAGUCCUCGCAAGGAGAGCGCCGUCAAGAAGGUUGAAGCGAGCGACAGUUUUCUGGACUACCAGGAGUCGGUGAACGACGCCUGGGAGUGUGGCGACGACGAGUUCUGUGUCAUCUCAGACGUGAAAAUAUCCAACCGAAUUGUCCAGUCUGCAGCAUUGAGCGUCAUCAACAGUCACCGGUCGAGGCAGGCACCGCCUGACAACCUGGCCGAGCUGCACAACCACUUGCAACCAAGCCUUGGUACAGUGCACUCGCAGCUACCUGAAGUACUUCCUCACCCGGCUGUCGCCGGUGCUCACUCAACCGGGGCAGUGUUGACAUACAACCCACCUGUUGAGGGUACACUACCGCUCUCCAGACUGGACCCGUCAGCAGCACUCACUCACCGAACACCGGUCAUCAGUACCUCAGGUACUGAGAGAGACAUGGCCAAGCAGGACAAGUUUGAGGAAUUGCUCUCCAGCAGUAGCACCAACCUCUCAGAGCUCCGCAAGUUGUCAUGGUCGGGCAUCCCGCCUGCCGUACGUGCUGUCACCUGGAGGCUCCUCAACGGGUACCUGCCAGCCAAUGCAGAGAGACGUGAGGACACAUUGAGGAGGAAACGUGAGGAAUACUGGAGUUUUGUGAACCAGUACUAUGACACACGCCAUGAGGACAUCUAUCAGGACACGUUCAGGCAGAUCCACAUUGACAUACCGAGGAUGUCACCGCUGGUACCGUUGUUCCAGCAGGUGGUGGUUCAGCGCAUGUUUGAGCGGAUCCUUUACAUCUGGGCCAUACGUCAUCCAGCGUCUGGGUAUGUCCAGGGCAUCAACGACCUUGUUACACCGUUCUUCAUUGUCUUCCUUCAUGAAGUGGUUCCUAAGGAAGAGAAGGUGGACACAUAUGAUGUGGAGCUGGUGGCCGAGGAGGACCGGGCAGUGGUCGAGGCCGACAGUUUCUGGUGUAUGUCCAAGCUACUGGACGGUAUACAAGAUAACUACACCUUCGCUCAGCCCGGUAUACAGACUAAAGUGCAGCAGCUUGGUGAACUUGUGAAGAGGAUUGAUGGGUUUAAUGCUGCUGCUGCAGAACUUGCCGACGUCCGGCUGGUCCGACGGUGAGAUCAGUCUGCUGGUUGCUGAGGCUUUCCGACUCAAGUAUAUGUUUGCUGAUGCCCCAAACCACCUCCAGGCUGCCAAGAAGUGAUCAUCAACUGUCAGCUACCACUUCCAGGUACUAGGUACCUCCUCUAGGUUGCCAAGAAGCGAUUGUCUAUCAACUACCACCUCCAGGUACCAACUACCACCUCCAGGUACCAAGUACCACCUCUAGGCUCCCAAGAAGUGAUUGUCAAGUAUCAGCUACCACCUCCAGGUACCAAGUACCACCUCCAGGCUGCCAGGAAGUGUAUACAGUGCCCAUGCCCUGGUUCUGAUGUUACAGUAACAGUGUAACUCAUAAUAAUGUAAAUAAUUAUUUUCAUAAGAUUUUUCCCUUUUAAAGUUUGCCACUUGACAUCCCAUAAGCUUCCCUCUCCUAUUUUUCAAUAUAUUCUUAAGUUUCAAGAACAUGGGUGUGCCCAUGGUUUAUGAAGGACACACACAGUGUCUGGCAUUCGCCAUCUGUAGCCAAUUCUCAACUGAUGAAUCCAUAUAUGGCAGUCAAGCCUCUCCAGGUUUGUUUUCUCAAGAAUUUAUGAAAGGGUAAUGUGGCACAUGUGUGACAUGUCGACACAUGUGAUACAUGUGGACGUGUGUGACACAUGUCUGGAAAGCAUAAUGGUUACAGAAAAGGAAUUUUUCAUUUUGUAUUCAAAAAAGAAUUGUUUUCUUAUCAGGUAGGCAGCAGCAUACAAACUAUACACCAAGGGAAAGCCAGCUGCUAUAUGAGGCAUUAGGUGUAUUGAAUGACACAGUGUAUGACAUACACUGUACAAAAUACACUCUGUAUGUCAUGAUGUGUCUGCCAGUGUAUGCGUUAAAGAGCAUAUGUAGUCUGUAUAUUUUUACAUGUUUGUCGCUUUGUGUAUGUCCGGGAUGGUCAUAUACCGGACUGAGACAUGUUUUAUGUGAGACCAUGGCGAUGCCAGACUGGUCCAGGACCAGUAUGGUGCUAGGUGUGUCUAGAUGGCAAGUGUGACACCUAUCAGUAACACCUAGCCUCUGUAACACCUGUCACUCGCCCCAUCAAUCUCAACCCUGUCGAACGAUUGUUUCCCAUUUCGACUGUUUCUUAACCCAGUUUAUAUUAAACUGGGUUAGUGAUGGGUCAUAAAUAUUUUGGGGGGAAAUCAGGGAAUUGAGGUUCUUUGUAACGUCUUCUGAGUUCUUUGCCGAUCAGAUCAAUCUUUAUACUUAGAAUGAGACUGGUGUUGUUCUGAAUGUCAGUUGAUGCUGGCUUACAAAUACAAUGGUAUUUCUUUGGUAUUUCUGGUAUUACUUACCAUUUGUGUGUAUAUACGCAGGUCUGUGUCUGGCACAUCUCUCAACUAACCCAUAAUACCAUGUCUACAACAAUUCACAACUAACCUCCACUUGAAUGGAACUUCCUUUCAAUUCCCCAUGUGCUGUAUGGUCCCUACGGGUUUAACGCUUCCCGGUGAAUAUUCCUAGAGUUACGUAUGGAUGAACGAGUGUAAAAAGGUGUAUGGAAGUAAUGUUUUUUCUGUGUAAGUGUAUGACAUUUAUUAUUUUCUUGGUGAUGUGUGUUCAUACAUAAAGUUUUAUAAAUGA